GAACACACUUGGUUGGGAUUGUUUUGAUGGGACGGCCGCGGAGCCAUCUUGUUUUAUAUGCGUCCUAAGUCCGUAUACCGAGCCAGAGGAAACAGCCGUGGAAUAUGACACCACAUCCCGACCCUAGACAACUGAAAUAAACACAAUCGAGUUUCGAAGCUUAUUUCUGUUCGACGGAGUACACGCAGAGAACGGAAUCUGCUGUUCGUCGUGAUUUAUUUCUCAACAUCGGCGUCUGCUGCUUUAACUGCAUUUUCUCUUUCACAUUUUCUCCGCUGGAAGAUACUAUGAAUGGAGGAUAAAUGUUGCCGAAGGCUGACAGCGGUGGUUUUGUGCUUCUCCUCUUCAUUCUGACAAUAACAGAUCCGUCACGGACAGGUCCACGGCUCGCUCUGGCCAGACUGUUGCCAGAUCAGCGCUGCAGUCCGGCCCAGUUUACCUGCCGGAGCGGAAAGAUGCAGUGCAUCCCUCUGUCCUGGCAGUGCGAUGGAUGGACGGCCUGUGAGGACAAAAGCGAUGAGAUGGAUUGCCCUACUAUAAAGGAGGAGCGGUAUCGUUACAGUAACGGUUUUGAGCCGGUGGAGGACGUCAUAGGAGUCGCUCAGCCAGUGCGCUUCAACAGGAAGUGUCCGAGCGGCUGGCAUCAUUAUGAAAAAACAGCCAGCUGUUAUAAAGUCUACCUGAGGAGCGAGAACUACUGGCAGGCGGUGGAAACCUGUCAGAAGGUCAACGGCUCCCUCGCCACGUUCGGCACCAACGAAGAGCUGCAGUUCAUCCUCAAGAUCGAGGUGGACUUCGAUGAGAAAGUGUGCGAGCGGAAGGACCAGUGCAAGUUCUGGGUGGGAUAUCAGUAUGUGAUUACCAACCAGAAUCAUUCGCUCGAGGGCCGUUGGGAAGUGGCAUAUAAAGGGUCCAUGCAGGUGUUUCUGCCUCCGGAGGGUCUGGCUAAUUUGGGCGAGGGGAACCCCACCCAGGAUAAUGUAUUCUGUGCCCAGCUGCAGCGCUUUCAGAUCAAGAGCAUGAACGAGCGAGGCUUGCACAGCUGGCACGCCGAAAACUGCUACAAAAAAUUCCCCUUCCUCUGCAAGAGAAGACAAACAUGUGUGGACAUCAGAGACAAUGUGGUGAACGAGGGCUAUUACUUCACACCUAAAGGGGACGACCCAUGUCUGAGCUGCACGUGCCACGACGGCGAGCCGGAGAUGUGUGUGGCUGCCCUGUGUGAGCGUCCGCAGGGCUGCCAGCAUUUCCGCAAGGACCCUAAAGAGUGUUGCAAGUUCACCUGCUUGGAUCCCGACGGUAGCAGUCUGUUUGACUCCAUGGCCAGCGGGAUGAGGCUCAUCGUGAGCUGCAUCUCGUCUUUCCUCAUCCUCUCGCUGUUGCUCUUCAUGGUGCACAGACUGAGACAGCGCCGGCGGGAACGCAUCGAAACCCUCAUUGGAGGAAACCUGCAUCACUUUAAUCUGGGUCGGAGGGUCCCUGGGUUUGACUAUGGGCCGGAUGCGUUCGGGACGGGCCUGACACCUCUGCACCUCUCUGAUGAUGGUGAAAGUGGAGCUUUUCACUUCCAGGAGCCUCCACCCCCUUAUGCUGCUUACAAAUACCCAGAUAUCCACCACCCUGAUGACCCUCCUCCUCCAUAUGAGGCCUCCAUCAACCCAGACAGCAUCCUCUACAUGGACCUUGGACGGACCGGUGUUCCGCUGGUGACUGGUCACAUGAGCGGUACGGUCAGCUCUCUCCAGAGGGAUUUCCCCGAGGCUGUGCUCCCCAGCCCCCUGCCGCCGCCCCUGGAGGAGCGCGAGGACUCCAUCGACAGCAGCACCCUGCUGGUGUCUCCAGACACCCCCAGCGAAUCAGAGAGCAGCAUCACGCAGAGCUCCACCGCAGACUGCAGCGGGCCCUCGCUCAGCACCAUGGUGUAGGGCACAUCACUGGAUCAUAGGGUACAUGUCCAGACCGGACACUUUACUAGCUGAAGGUAGGACUCAAGGAUGACUUCCUGUUUAGAGCGAAGACUUCAGACACGAAUGAAAAGACACUUGUUUCGUCUUUUCAUUCGUGAGCGUCACAUGUAAAUACUUCGGCGGCCAUCGACUGAUGUCGUGGAGGGCCAGUAAAGCACCUCUCUGUGAGGUUGACACUGACAUGUGUCGAUCGCCACACUUUGAACGAAUUAACCGAUUGAUGAACAGACUUUUUAGGCCUCAGUGGUGUAAUCAAGACGACCCGGCGUUCUCUCACUGGACUCUUUCCUGGCACAAAGAAGCUCAUUACUGCUCUGUCCAAACUGACCCUUCUGAACCCUGUCUUGAUGGUCAUUUACAGGAAGGAUCCGUUUGGAUGUGAGCGACACUAUAUUAUUAUCUGGAGUUUUGUGAUGUUCUGUCGGAUCAGUUGCACAAACUAAAAAAACAAAGACAAAAAAAAAAAGAUUCUUUUAGAUGGAGGUACGAGUUUCAGCCACUUUUUAAGUGUCCUGCUGUGACAUGGUGAUGCCUUGUUUUUGGAAAAGAAUGUCAUCACCAACCUGGAAGCUUGUGAGAUUCUUUUGGGAGGUGAACUUUUUGGCCUGUCGUCGAUGUCUAGCAAGGUGAAUCUCGUGAAAGCUGUGAAGAAAUGACCCGUUUCCACGAAAAAAAAAAAAAAAAAAGAGAUUAUAUUUUGCAUAGAAGCUUAUUGAACAAUUAAUUUUUGCAUCAUGACAUUUUCGUGCCAUUCAAACACUCCAAAACUACUUUUUCUUUUCUUUUUUCUUUUUUUAAUACUCCGUGGUCCACAAUAUUUCAAACAAUAUUCACAACUAUUUCAUGACCAUAACAAUACACAAUAAAUACUAACAAUUCAAAGAAAAGAAGAUUUAAAAAUCAUUUUAAAAAUUAUGGUAUUUGCUGUACUAAAUUUAGAAUAAUAAUAGGAGAUUUCCAUUACUCUGUUACUGGAAUGAAUGUUUCUGCAUUACAAUAAUGAAGAAUUCUCAUUAUUUCCAUUGUGAUAAGGAAUUAUUAUGCAAAAUAGAACUUCUUUAUUUUUUGGUGUAAUAUGAUCUGGUCAUUUCUUCAUGAGAUUCAUCCAGAAAGUCCGGUACUCGUAUACAUUUUGGAUAUAGAAUGUAACUGUUAAAAAAAAAAUUACAAAAAAAGCUGAACAUUGACCUGCGUCAUAAAUAUUUUCACUCAUUUUUGUCUCUCAAACUGAUCUCAGACGUAGUGCUGAAGCAAAUCAUGCUGUUUGAUAUCAAUAUUUCUUCUUGUUAAGAUCCUGAGUUAGGAUUUGCGUGUUUAGACUUGUCCAUGAUGAACUCUGAGGGUUGCGUUCGUUUGCUCUGUCAGUGUGUGUGUGUGUGUGUGUGUGUGUGUGUGUGUGUGACUAGACUUUGUAAAUCAUGUGCUCUCAUAUUAUUUAGAUGUCAAUCACCAAUAACACCGUUCAUUACUUUACACAAGUAAAUGUGAGCGCAGAAAUGCUUCUUUUUUUCUGUUUAGUCAUUUACCAAUUUACAGACUACUUAAUUACCAUUUGGACAAUGUAUUUCCGUUGAAUUAAUUGUGUAAUACAUAAGUUAUGAACUUAGAUUUGGUCUGCAUUGUUGCUCACUGAAACGAACACUGCUUUUUGUAAAAGGGAAUAUGAUUUGUUUUUGAUUUUUUUUGACUGGAAAAAAGCCCAAACUAAAUGACAAUCAGGCGUUUCGUACAAAGUUAAAGAUGUUUUUGCACAACAAAAGCACAUAGACCUACUGUGUUGGGCUGUAAUGCAAAGACAAAUUAAUGUGAAGUCAGCCAGCAGAUCCCUAUUUCAUUAAAGAUCCAUCACCAGCAUCAAAAUAAUCGAGGAGAAAGACAUUUUUGUCCUCAAGGUAAAUCUUCUUUUACUGUGUAGUCUUUGUUUUCCAGGGUUUCACCAGCACAGACAAUCCUGUGAACAUCUGUGUGUGUGUUUGUGUGUGUGAGAGAACUGGUCGUGUGUACUGUAAAAGUUGGCAUGAAUGUUUUGCAGACCUCCGGUAGCUUGUUCUUCUCUUUUGUGCAUGCAGAGAGGACGUCUCUUCUGCUGUUGUACUCUUCAUUUCUGCUAUGCUUACAGACGCGAGGUUCAAAAAAACAUCGGACUCCUCUCUUCCCGCCUCCCAUUUGCAAAGUUUUUAAAAUAAAAAAAAAAGUAGAUUUCUUCUAGAUAGACUUUGUGGUACAACAAGGGAAAAAAAGCAUCAUGAAAUGUUUUAUGUAGAAUGCAACGGUCAGUGAAUUUGUUGAUUCUUCUUUUUUUGUCAUGUACUGCUUUUUAUGUCACAAGGCUUUUGUUUUUUGUUUUCUUUAAAGUAGAUGUAAAUCUAAUCAAAUGCCAAAUAAAUUGUACCACAAAGGACA